AGAAAAUCUGUUACCGUCUUACCAGACCGCCCAGCCUAUAAUCGUGGCGGCAUGCCUCUGAUCCGCGCCUAGACGACCGAUUAAUCGGCGGGCGAUUUUUCGAACACGGUUCCCACCUGCGUAGUGUUUGUUUCAAUGGGAAGGAAAUGACGACUUUCGCUGGACUGAUACGACGGCGUUUUGGCGCAUCGAUUCCGGCUCAACUGAACUACGGAUUCGUACCGUCGCGUCUUCUAUUCAACCCGAGUCAAGGAAGGAUUCGGUUGCUCAGCGGCGAGGCUGAGUCGGAUCGGGCUGAGUUUCCGGUGGAGAACGCCUACGAUAUCUUGAGUGUCUCCGAAUUCAGCUCAAUCGCAGAGAUCAAGGCAUCAUUUCGCAGACUCGCCAAGGAGACUCAUCCGGACCUGAUCGAUUCGAAGAAGGAUUCAUCUACUUCGAUACGUUUCGUUCAGAUUCUCGCUGCUUAUGAGAUUCUUUCAGAUUCUGAAAAGAGGGCACACUAUGAUAGAUAUCUGCUUUCCCGGAGAAUGAUAUUGACGAAACAUUCUAAAGAAGGGUAUAUGCUUUACAGGACUAAAAAAAGAUUGACAUUGAGUCAAGAGAUGGAAGUGGUUGAAUGGCUAAAGUGGUAUAGAGAAGCAAUACAUGAUAUAGUAAUGGAGAAGAGAGUAGCAAGCGGUACAGGCUACUUAGAUGAACUGGAAGAAGAUUUUUAUUCAGCAAUCCGGGCAGCAUACUUUGGGCCUGACAUAGACUCUGUGGAGCUUCUUCCUGAUUGUUUUGAAGCUGAGGAACGGUCUGUGUAUGAUACACGAGAAGUUUUGCACUUGGUAUCAGGACGGGAUCUUUUCGGCAUGGUCUGCUUGGUAGAUAACUUCCUUGAGCUGUCUCCUGCCUGCUCCAAGAAAUUGGCUUUGUCGUCGUUUAUGGAUUCAGACCUUGGUCAAGCUGUUGAGAAAGGCAAUUUUGACAUGAUAUCUGAUGAAAUAAUUGGUCUUCAGAUAUCUCAUAUACAAUCCUCAAGAAACAAAAACCAUGUUUCGGAUGCAUAUAAAGAUAUUCAGCUGCAUGUAUCUGGAAGAGUUGUUGCUACAGCCAUAAGGGUUCCCCCGAAAGGGUAUUUCGAAAAGAAACAAAAUGAGAGUGAUCACGAUCACAUACACGUUUUCCUCAAUUCAGAUGAAGGAUCUAAUUCUGCUACUGAAUCUUCUCCAAGAAAUGUAGGUGGAGCCAGACUUCUUGUUGGAACUGUAACUGGUCUUGGGACAAGUCCAGAUGAAGGUUCAUGUUACGUCUAUGAUGAGAAUGGUGCUAAGACUCAUGUGAUAAUGAAACAUAGAACAUUUCUGGUGAGACAUUUGCACUGGUACAGGAUUGGGGAAAAGGUUUCUGUUUGCGAGUGUAGAUGCAGUAGAGCAAAACUACCACCAAGCAAGUUUUGGUUGUUUGAGCCUCGUUGUGGCUUGCAUGAUGUUGGAGGUUGGUAUAUUGAAACUUUUGGAAAAGAUAAAAAGGGCCGGACAGUCCUUGCACAAAGAUUCUGGGAUGGAUUGGAAGUGGGCGCUACACUGGAUGGGAGACUGCACCCUGGUAUCUACUUGCUUACACUAGCUUAUCGAACUCUUGAUCUUGAAGAUGAAAGGAGAAGAAAACGGUCAAUAGUAAAAAUCUUCGAGGUAAAGCUAUCUGAAGCGUUGGAUUGGUGUAAGAAAUUGAUGAGGAGAAGGACCCUUAGAACUUAACGUGGCACUUUCCAAGUCAAGAUCCAAAGAUGAUGUGAUUUACAUGGAAACAAAGCCUACUAGGUUGUGGCGAACAAAAGCUUCUCCAAAGGUUGGUUGAAGGAUGCAAUCACAAGAUUUUUACACCUCAACUAAAAUAUUAGAUAACGUAGUGGGUUACACCUCUCCUGCAAUAAGACCAAUUGAGCCAAUCUCUGGAGUUUACACCGACGUUGCGGUGUUUUCCCAAAAGACGUUGUGCGAAUGGCUGAAACAGGAAGCAACAAGAGAUUUAAGUUGGGGAAACAUCUGUGCUAAGAAUUUGGUUUUGAUAGUGAUAAAAACAUAUGUGUUUUCAAAGUGACUCAUUAGACUUGUACAAAAUUUUAAAUCUAAUGAAACUACUAGACUCUUUCUCCA